AUGAUGACCUACAUGCAUCCCGCCGCCCCACUGAGCCGGCCCAUAAAGCGCCACCACACGGCCCACUACUACGCCCACCGCGUGAAGGAGAGCCUCACGACCCGCGUGUCGAAGCUCGUUUGUUCCAUUUUCUUAACCCUCGUUUUCCUCGUCGGCAUCAUCACCUUCAUCCUCUGGCUCAGCCUCCGGCCCCACAGGCCCCGUUUCCACGUCCAGGACUUCUCCUUACCGGGCCUGGCCCAAGAUGGCGCCGCCCCAGGAGAGGCCCAAAUAAUACUUUACAACCUCACGGCCCGCAAUCCGAACCAGAACAUAGGGGUCCACUAUGACUCGUUGGACGUGGCCGUGUUUUACGGGGAUGAGGGUUUGGUGGGCCCGUCGUCGGCCGAGGCCCAGGCCCUGCCGUCGUUUUACCAGGGGCCCAAGAACACUACGGCGGUGGCUGGGAGGGUGGCAGGGCCUGCCGUGGCCGGGAUGUGGGGGCGGUUCGUGGCGGACCGGGCGAGGGGGGAGGUGGUUUUCCGGGUGGAGGUGACGUCAGUGAUCCGGUUCAAGAUAUCCACGUGGGACAGCAAGCGGCACACGAUGCACGUCAGAUGCCCGGUUGGGGUUGGGCCGGACGGGUUGCUGCUGCCGAGUUAUAGGGUUAAUAGGUGUCCGGUUUAUUUCAGCUAA